AUGAAUUUCAAGGCUUUCAUUUUGCUAGGGCUUCUGUUUGGGCUUGUUCUUAUUUCUUCCAUUGUCACAGCUGAUCAGAAAUCCAAAUAUGAGAAUACAGCUGUAGUGAAUGAGGCGACAAAGGAAACGAAUCCAGAGCAAGUAGAUGGCACUAAGCAAGGUGGUGGAGGAUAUUGCGGCCGCUGCUGCUGGCUUCAUGGCUACUAUUAUUGUGGUAAUCAGUGCUGUUGGCCGGAGAAAAAAGAAUCAAAAGUGGUAAACGAAGCCGCUCCUUAUGAAGCUAACCCUGAUGGAUAUGGCGGAGGCUCGGGAGGAGGCGGUCGUGAAGGUGGAUGGGGAGGAAGUGAUGGUGGAUAUGGAAGAGGUGGCGGCUGGGGUGGUGGAGGAGGAAACUGA